AUUUGCUAAGGCGAGAGAAGAAAGGAGUUAGUGCGUGUUGAGAGAGAGAGAGCGGGUACUGCGAACUGCCUUUACUUACUAUGCUGUAGCCCCACUCCCCCUUACCCUACCUACCACUACCACUACCACACUAUACGGAAUCAAAACGUGCAACUACUUGGGUUUCAUCUUGUUUACAAAGAUAGCUAAAAUCACUGCUGAGCGGGGAAGGCGAGCCUCAUGAGUCGGCCUCGUGGAUUUCAUCGCCAUAAUGGAUUUGUCUAAAAUGGGUAUGAUCCAGCUCCAGAACCCCAACCACCCCAGUGCCCUGCUGCAGAAGGCCAACCAGAUGCGUCUGGCCGGCACUCUGUGUGACGUGGUCAUCAUGGUGGACAGCCAGGAGUUCCACGCUCACCGGACGGUGCUAGCCUGCACAAGCAAAAUGUUUGAGAUCCUCUUCCACCGCAGCAGCCAGCAUUACACCCUGGACUUUCUUUCACCAAAGACGUUUCAGCAGAUUUUGGAGUAUGCUUACACUGCCACCCUCCAGGCCAAGGUGGAGGACUUGGAUGACCUCCUCUAUGCAGCGGAGAUCCUGGAGAUUGAAUACCUGGAAGAGCAAUGCCUCAAGAUCCUGGAAACCAUCCAGUCCUCAGAUGACAACGACGUGGAGGUGAAUGUUAACGACGGGAGCACAGAGGAGGAUGAGGAGCGCAAAGGCCAGAAUGGAGCCAAGAACUCCAAAAAGCAUUCCAUGCAGAGUCCCUAUCUGACGAGUUCCCAGCAAGUCGCCCUCAUGGCUGGCAUGGUGGACCAGAGUCCCUCAGUCUCCACCUCCUUCGGUAUGUCCAACCUGAGUCCCACCAAAGCUGCCGUGGACAGCCUGAUGAGCAUCGGCCAGUCUCUGCUCCAGCAGGGCUUUGGGGGGGAACAACUUGUCCACAACUCCCACCACCUGAUGACUGAGAUCAAGACUGAAAUGAUGCAAGUGGACAUGGGUGGCAACGGCCACGACAGCCCUCCCAACAUGGAGUCCAGCGCCUCCAGCAACGGUGAGCGAAGCGGGGAGGACAGGAACCGAGACGGCCCGGGGACACCGACCAGGAGCAGCGUAAUCACCAGUGCCCGCGGGCUACAUUACGUCCGCGACGAUGUCAUGGGUGACCCUCAAGUUGAUGUCAGCCAGAUGGGACUGGAAGCGAUGGCCGGGAUGACGGAGAAACACCUCGCCUCGCUGUACGCCCUACCUGUCAAUCACAAAUCAGACGCCCUCAUGUCCAUGCCGGCGUCCAUGGCGGCAUCCAUGGCCUCCGCUCUUCCCAUGUCCCCAGCCCUGGCAAUGUCUAUGGACUUCAGUGCCUACGGGGCACUGCUGCCUCAGAGCUUCAUCCAGAGAGAGUUCUUCAGCAAGCUCGGGGAGCUGGCAGUGGGCAUGAAACCAGACGGAAGGAACCAGCACGAACGUUGCAAUGUUUGCGGUGCAGAACUACCAGAUAAUGAAGCUGUGGAGCAGCACAGGAAGAUGCACAGUGGAAUGAAGACCUACGGCUGUGAGCUGUGUGGAAAGAGCUUCCUGGACAGCCUCCGUCUACGGAUGCAUUUGCUGUCUCAUUCAGCUGGUGACAAGGCCAUAGUUUGUGACCAGUGCGGUGCCCAGUUCCAGACGGAGGAGUCCCUGGAGGCCCAUCGGCAGAUCCACACCGGGUCAGACAUGGCCAUCUUCUGCCUGCUCUGCGGGAAGCGUUUCCAGACCCAGCCGGCUCUGCAGCAGCACAUGGAGGUCCACGCCGGCGUUCGCAGCUACAUUUGCAGCGAAUGCAACCGGACUUUCCCCAGCCAUACUGCACUCAAGCGUCACCUACGCUCACACACAGCGGGAGACCACCCAUAUGAGUGCGAGUUCUGCGGGAGCUGCUUCCGAGAUGAGAGCACGCUGAAGGGCCACAAACGCAUCCACACCGGGGAGAAGCCCUAUGAAUGUAACGGCUGUGGGAAGAAGUUCAGCCUCAAGCACCAGCUGGAAACCCACUACCGUGUGCACACAGGUGAGAAGCCAUUCGAGUGCAAGCUGUGCCACCAGCGAUCCAGGGACUACUCGGCCAUGAUCAAGCACCUGCGCACCCACAACGGCGCCUCGCCCUACCAAUGCACCAUCUGCCUGGAGUACUGCCCCAGCCUGUCAGCCAUGCAGAAGCACAUGAAGGGCCACAAGCCCGAAGACGUCCCCCCAGACUGGCGCAUAGAGAAGACCUACCUGUACCUCUGCUACGUCUGAGGCCUGGGAGAGUGAAUGAAGAGAGGGAGGGGUAGGUGUGAGGGUGGUGGGGCGGGGUUGAGAGGUAAGGGGAAUGUAAUUGAGCGGAUAGGAGGCUGCGUUUGCCGAUUUAGGAAACGUCAACGGCGAGAGACCCGAAAGCAAGAGGGGUUUGUUUUCUCUUUUUACUUUUCAUGCAAAGGCGGCGCCGACCGACGGGGGGGUUAAAGGGUGGUGACGGUGGGACAAAAGUGCUAAGAAGAGGAAGACUUGGACACGGAGAGGGAUUCUCCACCAUAGUUCGGAUUCACCGGGUCAUUCACUACAUCUGCAACUGUGUUAUUGUUUCAGGUCAUUUCAUGCAGCGCCACAAAGCGAGCAAGCUGCAAAGGAAGUGACUUUUUUUUGGAUGCUGCUGCGAGUGAGAAAGCAGAUUCUCAAGGGCUAUCUGAACCCGCACAAGCUUGCCAUCACUCCAUUUUAGGGGAAAGGGGUUUUUUUUGUAUUGGUAUUGGUUUGUUUACAUUUUCCCUGCUUAGUCAUGCUGGUCUGGAUCACAUGAUCAAUUUAGGCCCCCAGUUCAUCAUGGUUUUGAGGAACUAUGGCUUUCAGACGCCAAAUCUUUCAUGUUAUGGUAGUUAUAAAUCACAACAAAGUUAUCUUGGAGGAGGACCAAGACGUAUUUUCCACCAGGUUUCACCAGAGUUUGAAUGGGCGAACAUGCCCCUAAUCUUUUCCAUCCCUAAUGGGAGAUUUGUUUUUGCAACUUCCCGUCAUUUACCAGAUCUUCCCCAGUAUAAAUGUCCAUACAUGAGAUCCUUCCGACCCCAGCGGCGCCGGUGAGAUAGCCCCUGAGAAUCCGCAGCGGAGCCGGUAGGCGUAUGCAGUAGAUGAAACAGUUGAACUGGAUGAAUGGGAGCACUAAAAUACUGCAAACCAAGCGUCUGUUUGGUUGUUAUCGGGGGAGUGGUGAGAUGCUAGUGCUGCUUUUUUUUCUCAGUAGUCUUCCUGGUUCUCUGUCAGACGAGUGCUGGAGAAGGUGGAGUCACCACUGGCCUCCGCGGUUCUCCCCAGAGGAGCCAACUUGUGUCACUUUUUCAUCUUAUAUUUUUGUAGCUCUGCAUCAUCGUAGUUUAUCAUGGCUUGAUUGCACAGGUAAAGCAAAUUACGACAACAGUCUCUGUUUGAUGUCUGCAAGUUAUAUAUUUUUCCAUUAAAUCAUAACUCGCUAUUACAGUACGCCACAUUAAACCCAGCAUAUCCACCUACUCAGCAAUAGAUAACUGGACUGCUUUUUAUCCAUGUACAUUUAACCAGACGACUAUCAUUAUCUCACACUAAUGAUGAACUACACAAACUGACACAUAAGCAGUAACACUUUGUAACACCACGACAGAUCUGUCCAUUCACCACAGGGAUGGAAAACACAAAAUGGGAAAAGGCUGCUUUCCGUGGGAGUCCUGCGACUCCGACUGCUCGUUGUGAAUGUUGAAGAAGUGCUGGGAAUGCCUUCGCUGCACGCCUUCACGUUCGUCAAAGGCGGUGUGGCGGGUUGAAGACUGUUAUAUGGCAUCGAAACAUGAAUGUGAAUGACUGUGAGCCAGGUUCGCACAAGGCUGUUGUCAAAAUACAUAGCAGGUUAAUGCCGCCUUUCAAUGGAAGUCAGACACCUAUAAUUCCCACCUUGGAGGUUGUUAUUACUCUCCACGCCUUCCCACUGGUUCAGAUUCUCUCCAUCCAACAUCAGAUGCUGUUACCCGUGUAACAGCUCAGACAUUCACCAGCCAGCAGCUGUGAAUGCUAUUUUACAUUUGACAUGAUCGUUCACCGCCAGAUGUUCUGAUAGACUGGACAAAACGAUCUGAUGGAGCGGCUGAAACAUAUCCUCAAAUUCAAACUUUAAUGUAGAUUGACGGCUGGAUUAUUAACAUAACCUAAAGGCGAGUCCUGCGUUAUCUGAGGUUCCUUUCCUGUAGUUAUAUAGAGAGGCCAAAUCCCUCCCCCACCGAUGGACCACCAUGGGACCUUAUUUUGUUAAAAAAAUAUGAACGGUAGUCAAAGCAAGAGACAGAUCAUUUGUUGAUCCCGUUUGAAUUGUGGCCUGAAUCACUCAUAUGAUGUUUGUCAAUUUAUAACAUAAUUUUGCAAGUCAAGAAAGUCUCAGUUUUGUGUGGAACAGCUCAGUUUGGCACAAUGUACGUCACUAACACUAGCUAUCUAACUAACUUAGCUAUGACCAUGCACAAAUGUCACUUGAUGUGUUUUAUCCAGCGACUCUUUUUAUCAACCGGGAAGCAAAAGAACGAGCGAGAACCCGUUCAAUCGUAGUUCCAGAGAGAGAGAAGUCUCUCACGUGACUUUUGGGUGUCGUCUUUCUAAUUACGUAUUUUUACAGUUUGAUACUUCAACAUUUUUACAACAAACUGCGACUUUCUUGACUUAUAAAAUUAUCUUUUAAGCUGACAAACAUCAUCUGUGUGAUUUGUAGCGCAAUUCAAAUGGGAUCAGAAAUCUCUCGCCGUUGAUUACCGUUCAUAUUUUUUCCGAAAUGAGAUCCCACGGUGGAUUUCGGCUCUCUAUUACAGUGUUUAAAUGGUGCAUAUUCCUAAAUAUAUUUGCAUUGAUCUAAAUUACCACUGGGGCUACUUACAGUGUAUGCUGCAAUGUUUACAUACCUGCAUCAUGGAAGAAACAUCUGCAUACAGCCCAAACUGAAAGGCUUAUUUUGGUGGGAAUUACCAAUGUCUCUGAAACGCAGCAUUAGACCUGUAUGACGCAGCCACAGGUAUUACGGUUGAACCUGAGGCGAGCAUCACUGCAUGUCACAGCGUUGCCGUGGUGAUCACAUAUCCAAAUGGCCGGUGGAAAAAGGGGGAAAUCACUGAUAGGACGAGACACUGCCCAGCAGCUUAGGGGGCGACCAGUAAGACGACAGAAUAAAUCAACUCUUUCUCUGUGGUUUUGUCCCUGCGCUUCGUCUCUCUCGUCUCCUGUUGUUGUUGUUGUUGAUGUUGUUGUUGUUGUUACUAUUGACCUUGAGUUUGAUCUCAACACAUCGUACUUGAAUUACCUCGUUUUGUGACCUCAUGUUGCUUGUGUAUUUUAAUUUUCCCUUUUGUUUCAUUUGUACACUUUUUUGUGUGUGUGUUCAAGAGUGUGUGUUUGAAAAGAUGCAUUGCACGACAUGAUGAAGCAAUGUGUGUACGCAGAAAAAUUUAAGUGCCACGGUGAAGAGAUUUUGUUUUUCUCAUGUUGUGUAUUUCUUUGUGCAUUACUUGUUACCAAACUUGGUAUUAUUAACCCCGCUUGUUAAAGAGCCGGAAGGUUUGGUCAUUUGUUAUAAAAGCUACCUCUAAGUUGUUUCAUUUUUUUUAUUUUUUUUUUGGCAAAAGCACAUUUAUUUUGUGUUUGUGUUUUGCAUUAUUUCAUCAUUGCUACUUCAUCUCAUGCUUCUUUUUUGUUUUUCAAAAGUUGAUUUAAGAUUGUGUUUUUAAGCAAAAUGUAUAUAAAAGCGUCAGAGAUAACAAAAGUAGAGGUUGAUAGGAUUUGGAAAGUCACUCAAAUGGAUGUUUAUUCUUCUCUUAUAGUCUCCCCCCUGCACCUCCAACCACAGAAGAGCAGAGAAAAAAAAAAAAAAAGCAAUUUUGAAGCCUUAAGUGAUGAGUUCGAGGGAUGCGGCAGAUAAGAGGAAGUACUAUUGCUGUCAAGAGGGUUUAAAAACAAGAAUUAAAACUUGAAAAUAUGUGAAUAGAAGUGUAGUUUUGUAAUGUGAAAAAAAAAGAAGGUUCGUCAAAAAGCGCUGAACCGCCCAGGACAGGUGAUAUUUGCAGUGAUGCAAAGUGCGUUGGACAAUUGGAACUGCAAGUGGUAAUCAAAAAAGAAAAACCAGAAGGUUAAAAAUAGAGAUUGUCUCCGCUGACAAGCUCUCUUGAGAAAUGAGCAUAUUCCUGAACAAGAGCCAACAGAGGCAAUUUGAUAUAUAAAAAUUGUGAUAUUUUUGUAUUCAGUGUCAGUCCUUUUUCCAUUUGUGGAGGGUUACAGCAGGGCACAAAUAUUUGUAUUUCUUUUCUUUUUUUACCUGUUUUAUUUUUUCUCUCUCUCUGGGUGUGAAUCAUUUUUGCCUUGCUCCUCUUUGAUAUUGUUGGACAAAAAAACAUGUGUGUGAACAUAUUGUAAUAAUAAGUGUUGCUUUCUGGAUGUCAAUUGCAUUGUAGGUGAAGGACUAAAUCUAUCCGCCACAAAUUUUACGAGUGUGUGUGUAUGUGACAAAAGAAAAAAAAAAAGGAAAAAAAAAGAUGAUAAAAUACGGGACGGCAGGGGGGCGCUGCCAAACCGACCAAUUAGUACUUGUCAUUUACAAUUUUUCAAUCAAACUUGACUGUCAACAUGUCUUUUGUUUUUGUAUUUGAAAAAAAAAAAAAAGAAGAAGAAGGGAUGGCAUGUCCCGUGGUGUCUUGCCAUUUGAUUCUCAAACACUGUGAGCUGAGGGGCUUUUUCACCCUCAUAUAAUAUCCACCCACUAUAAUAUACCCAGUCACGGCUCAGUCUGAACCACCACAAUGCAAGACUUGAUCAGUCACAUUAUUCCUAUCAUCGUCCUCUGAAUGUUUUCUACUUUUUCGUGCGGGUGAAAGAGUGCGUCAAAGAGUGUGUAACUAUGUGUGUGCGUGUGUGUGUUAGUGGAAAAAUGCACUAAUCAGAUCAGAUACAAAAUAAGAUGAUACUCUAUGCCACUUUUUUUCUCUAUGUUGGAAAAAAUAUAUAUAUACAUUGGCAUCGAUAUAGUUCUUCCCUCAGUGUUCCUCCGAUGUUUCUGUACUAUCUUUGUGCCUAAAAAUGGAAUUUGUUCAACAAAAAUAUCCAUCUAUAUCUGCUUAGUUUCCGUAUUUUCAGAAGAAAAUAAAAAUGGUGUCUCCAGCACCCUAGGGAUGUCAUGACGCUCGAGAUUGACCUGAUUUUUAUUUUAUUUUUUAAAUCCUGAAUAGAGCGGUGCGUCUUCUUCUUCAAGGACUGCAAUAAACCCCUUAAUGCUAUUGAAAUAGCAACUGGGAUUCUGCAUUCACCUCUUCUCUUAUAGGCUGUGAUUGGCACCCAAAAGCAUUUAUUUAGCGACACAAAACAAAGCAUUACUGGAAUCCAGACAGGCUGCCAGUGGCGAGACCUGCAAAAUCUGCUCCAUGAAAUUGUUUUUUCUGCAAGCAAAUUAAGUCUCCACUCAGAUUGUCUAUUUUUUUUUUUCUUUGUUGUCAGCAACAGGUUUGCUGAUGAGAACUUUAUAUUGCUCUUGAAAGAAUAAAAAUAAAAGAAAGAAAACCUCCAUUUGGGGAGGUUGGCACUAGGGUAUUCCCCCUUCUGCUUUGCUUCAGUUUCUUUCUUUUUUUUAAAGUACUUUUUUCUUUUUCUACAAAAUGCAUUUAAGAAGGGGAUGUUAAAUUCGUCAGAGAGGAAUCAUGGCAUCCCUGGAGCUGGCACUCUGUGUUUUGGUGUGGUGUUUCUAGAACAAAGUAGCCAUUUCAUGCAGUGUUGCAAUGCAUGUGCCAUCGAGGUCUAGACUAAAAACUGUUUUGAGUAACAAAGCACCAAGACAUUGUAUUUUUUUAUAUUAGCACUGAGGACCAAUUGCCCUGUCGGACCAAGCAUAACAAAGCUUUUUAUGUAACAAAGCUUUUCUCUCUCUGUCUUUCCCUGGCUUGUCUGUGCUACUUCUCUCCUCCAUUGUUGUGACAGCACAAGUGCCAGUCAAGUUGCUCUGUAUUAAGAAAAUAGUGUUUUUAUUAUGAUUUGAAUUGUUAUAGUUUUUGUCUACCUCAGCACCUAAUCUUAGCCUAAUCUUAGAAGGUGCCCAAUUAUUAUUUUUUAUUUUCUUUAUUUUGUUCUCUUAUUGUUGUCAGUUGUAUAAUUUUUUGAAAUUUGCAUUAGAGCUUUGCAAAGGUCCUUUGUCUUUUCCAGCGACAACGUGCUAUUUUUUUCCGUGGCAGUACGUUUCCUGUUGAGCUGUGCCACCAAUCUAUAGCCACCGUCUGUUGAUAUAGAGGUUGUUCUUUUUUGUUUUUUUCCAUGUAGAAUCAGACACCUCUCUUUGUAACAUUUCAGUGUUCUCUGAUGGAGUGUGAAAAAAAAAUAAAAAGGAAAAAUAAAAGAUUUAAUGCUGCAG